CUACUUAGGAGACUUCUGUAGGGAGGAGAGAGCGGUUUUAAACGCAGCCGAGGAUUCGUCUCGCUGUAGUUAUAUGUUUAAAGCGGAAACAGUGAACUCAUGUGAUUGUAGAAACGAAUCGGUUAGUGUUUCGAGCUGCUAAUUUUUGACUUUAUAAGUGAGAAACAAUAUAAGUGAGAGUUGAAGCGGUAUUCGCUGUGUGGCGUCUAAAAGUUUGAUUUUGUUUCAUCAUUGAGCUAACUUUUAGCAAAUCUGAACCGGAAGUAGGUCCGUCCUAACUCUUCCCCAGUACACGAUCCACACUCAGGAGGUCCACAAUAACAAAUGCUGAAUAUUGCUUGGUGUUAGAUAUUUCCUCUUCUUCCCCCUGUUCUAAAUUUAUUUACACUGCUGCAUUUUGCACAUAGAAACUCAUUAGGGGUUUGGGAGAAUCAGUGCAAGAUGAGCAGCGAAAUAAAGGCAGAGGAGACAGAAACUAAAGGUGUGCACGAGACCGACAUGGGAGUCAGAAAGAUGGAGGAAACUUUAAAAGAGGAGGAUGAGGAGGAGGAUGAGGAGGCAUUACCACAUUCUGAAUUCUUGGAUAUUUUUGAAGAAGGCUUGGCUCUGAUUGUGCAAGACCCUUUAUUAUGUGAUCUACCGAUUCAGGUCACACUGGAGGAGGUGAAUUCUCAGGUAGCUCUGGAGUAUGGUCAGGCCAUGACGGUGCGUGUGUGUAAAGCUGAUGGAGAGGUCAUGCCGAUCGUGGUGGUGCAGUCUGCUACUGUGCUGGAUCUAAAGAAGGCAAUUCGAAGGUACAUUGAACUGAAGCAGCAGCGUGAGGGAGGCAUCAAACACAUCAGCUGGAGGUACGUGUGGAGAACCUUUCACUUGGUCUUUAAUGGGGAAAGGUUAGAGGACGACAGAAAGAAACUGAAAGACUUCGGCAUCAGGAACAGAGAUGAAGUGACUUUCAUGAAGAAGCUGAGGAAGAAAUGAGUGCAGUGCUGAGCUGCUCAUCUCCAGAGCUGAUUCCUCUUCCAUCCUCGGCCGAUCCGGACGUUUCGCCUGAUCUAGGAAUUCAGACCCUGGCAUUUAACCACCUAUUUUAAAUAUCAGGAGCUUGUUCCUGGUGCCAUGGCAUGCCAUUUCCCCGUGGAUCACUUCCUCACCCUCAGACUCUCUCAGCUCCGACACACACACCGUCAGGAGCUCGGUUACACACCGAAUUACUUUUCAAACUCAUUUCUGGGGUUUUUUUGGACUGUUAAAUCUGAAUCUUUCCUUAAAUCUGGGACUAUUGAAGCUUCUGAGGUUGAGUUUAAUAACUUUAUUUUGUACAUAGCUGUUUUUUUUGUUUUUUUUUAUGCAAAUAUAUUAAAUUCCAUCUUGUUUACUUUUCCUACUGUUUAUUUUCUCUCGUAAUCGUUGCUUAGAUGUGAUCUAUAAGAAAAAAAUAAAAAUCCUUGCUCUGGUUUGGCUGCAGUUCAGCUGUCAGGAUCAUGGGUGGUUCAGUGUGAGGGUUUUGGCUA